CUUGUGAAGAUUCCUUAAAAUCUUUAAAAAGAACCUGGACAUCAAUGAAUUGCUUCAUUUUGGAGGGUUUCCCUGGAGGAACCCAGGGCUCUGAGGUUCAGAAUGGAACUGGGCAGAACAGCAUAACUGAGCCCUUAAAGGCUUCACCUCCACACGAGGUAGUUCUUUCCCCUCCCUGAGAAAUCCCCUAACUCUGCCAAAGCUGUGCUGACUCCCUCUGGGAUUUGGAGGCCAGCAAGAAAUGUACAGACCUAAAGGUGCCAUCCUCAGGUUGUGGUUCACAUUCCAGGCAGUGCUGCAGGAAUAGGCUGUAGGGGCAGCUGUGCCAGAUAGAGAAGAGACUGCCAGGAACCAUCCCUGUGACCUCCUUGGACAGUGAGCAGCUACUGGAUCUGGCACCUGAUUCAUUCUGCUCAGGUGAGUUACCUGAGCUGCCUCUCCCUGUGAAAGAAGCAGCUGCAGGGCCUGGGUCGUUUUCCACUCACUUUGGUUUUCUUCUUUUCCACUGUGUUCAUUUCUGGAUACAAAGUGGAAGUUGGAAUGGUAUCAAAUGAAGCCUUGGGAGCAUUUUGUUUGCUGUCUUGUCAGCUGCUUCUUGUUCUCUUAUGACGUGAGAAUAUGAAAUUUUCUCCAUGAAAACAUCACAUGGAAUAUUACUACAGGCAAAAUUAGGUCAGGUUUUGAUCAGGUUCAAGCAAUCAGAAAAAUCCAAGCUCUAGUUUUGUAUAGGAAAUACUGAAGAGAAUGGAAGUGGUAGAAAAACUUGAUUUUUCUAUCUGGAACUGGACCAGUGGUAAGUCCCAGCUCUGGGAAUGCAACUGCCCAGUAGUGUGUGCUGUCAUUUUCUUCUGCUGGGGAGUAAGUUGUAUUUCACUUCAGUAAGUACUGUGGUGAUUACUUAUUUUUAACCAAACAUCUUCAUUCCUCUCCCAUUAGAAAAACACCUAGAACUCUCUGCUUUUACUUUUACUUCUUUCCUGAGGAGAAAGGAAAGCUCUGCAUUUAAAAAUUCAGGGAACAAAUGGGUAUGUAGUUAUCCUAAUAUUUUCAUUUAAAUUUCCAUUUUACAUGGAAAGGUUGUUUUUAAUGGUUGGUUCACUAGAAUUACUUGGAGCCUGCUGGUACUUCAGACUUUUACAUCUGUUGUUAAUCUGGAUUCCAGGGGAGUAUGGGAGCUGAACCUUUGCACCACAGAUUUUCCUGGCACAGACUGGGCCAGUGCUUCACAUGCUUGCAGAGGAUGCAGAAAAGAGCGGCCAUUCCAAGUGUCAGUCACACAUCAGGAAAUCACAAGAUCACCCUUGAUAAGAACACUUUUCAUGUCUUUGUUGCUGUGGUUGCAGGCACAAGAGUAACACUGAGUCUUUAUAAAUCUGCUCUGGAUCGGUUUCAUUGUACUCAGAACCAUCCAGCUCCUCCCAGGAGAUUCAGUCCUCUGCUCAAUGCUCCACUCUUCUGCCAUCCCAGCAAUCUCCAGACUUCUAAGCUAACUUCCCAAAAUAGGCAUCUAGGGUCCUGUUCCAGCCAUCUGCUGGAUGGCCAAGGAGCUGUCCUCGUCCCUGCAGCAUCCGUUGGCUUUGACUCCCACAGUGGAGUUGCCAGAUAGCUGCUGGGGUAAAAACUCCACAAAUAUUUUCUGUUGGUUCUCCUGGCUGGCUUGGAGGGGACCUAAUGAAUUGGUUCAGCUUUGACUGAUGUAGGAUGCUGUCCAAAAACACUCUAGAAAAUGGGUAUUUUAUGACUUUAUUUGGAGAAAUUGUUUGUGGGGAAUUCAGAAGCCAAAAUAACUGUUUUACUUACGUAAGGUACUUGAUAAAACAGCUUUGCACAACAGUCUUGAGAAAUGGGCAAUGGCUUGUACACUAAAAUAUUUGAAUUAUUUGCUGCAGUUAACUUCUCCAGUUAAUCUUUAUUGCAGCUAACUAAAGGGAGAAAGUCCCAGCUGGGUCAUCUUUCCCCAGCAGAGGUUUUCUUGUGCUGACAGGAGACUGUUGGUGUUGUCUCUCUGAUCCUGCAGAAGGACACAGGUCCAGAUUGGAAUGCUGUGCAGAAGUCUCCCUUUCUAGCAAGUCACAGCCAUCAGGACAAGCAUGUUGUGGUUUUUCUCUUAAGUAUUUUCGGCUUUUGCAAGUAGUGCGUUCUAAGCCACAAGCUGUGUCUCUGUUCAAUACCCUCUGUGGGGUUUUUCCUCUGGAAUUUGUGAUUGAUCUUUUUAACCACAGUGAAAUGUUUCCUUUGCAGAGCCUGGAUCAGCUGAGCUCCAGGUGUGACCCCAUUCUCUGUUUGUAGCUCCUGCCAAAGGAGUGAGGGAGAAGCAGGAGAUGAGGGAGGGGAUGUUCACACGACUCUGUUGGUUUUUUGACAUGGACUGUGGCAGUGAGGUUUGCGUGGUUGCUCGGGCAAGCUCUUUGCUGUUCAGGCAAGAUUCUUUGGCUCCAGGGUUAAAGGUCAGACAGCUGAUGCCUCAUUAAGCAGCCAGGGAAAAUCUCACCCAGAGAAAUUCAUUAAAAUGAGGAGCCAAUUACUUGGAGGGAAGCUGUGUGUGGUGGUGUCAGAUGUGUCGGGGAGACCUGGCAUUAAAUUUCACGUUUUCCUUAGUUUUGUUUCCCUUAUGCUGAUACUGGCACCUUCCACCUCACUCCAGCUCAGCAGCUAGCCAGCAUGGGAAGUGAUGGAUCCUGCUGGAGGUUCCAGUUCCAGUUGGACCCCUGAGCUCUGUGGAACUUCCCAAGGUGUGUUGGCUGGAUUGCAGUAGGAAUUCAGUGGUCCAAGAGAGGCUUCAGGGUGUGAGUGGCACAUGUGGGAGAUCCAUAAAGGGUGGCACCUGAGAAACUUCAGGGGAGGGAAGAGCAACUUCUAGCUUGAGUGGCAAAUAAUGACAAUUAAAGUAAAUCACUGAUAUCCUGUGAAUGUGGCAGAGAAGCAUCUAAGUGGAAAAAUAAAUAUCAAGGUGGGAAGAGUUUUGAAGAAUACAGACAUUAUAGAACGGGGAGAGAGGAACAACGGUGACACACUGUUGUUGCCUCCAGAAAUUUUUGCAACUUUCCAACAUAAGAACCUUUUGAGUGCAUUAAGGUUGAGUUCAGCUGCACAUAUUAGAAUGUCCAGCUAUCAUGCAGCACUUCCUGUCUCAUGCUCCAGGAUAAAUACCUGUUUUUAGCACAAAUGAUGCAAACUUUAAAUAAAUGCAAGCAGACGUGUCCCCAGUUUUUUGCUGCAAGUGCAGUGAAAUGCCAAGGUUAAAGCAGUUUGCAUUUGAAUUGUUUCUGACACUGAUAUGUGACAAAUGCCUCGUGGUGUAAUUGUGUGUAAAUUGAUAUUAAUGUGCAGUCUGCAGCUGAAAAAAUGAAUAUAUACACAUGAUAUACUCUUAAUUGCCCUGUCAAACAAUUACUAUAAACCUGUUUCAAACUCUGUAUAUUUUUUAAAAUUUAAACCAAGGAGAAAUCAAGAAAUGUUAACCAAGUCUGUUACACUUUGGAUGAGGGCUGUGUCUUUGAUAAGAUGAUUUUGUUUCCAAAUGAUGAAUGCAUCUGACUCUUUAAUAUUGUAGGAAUAAAGAGAGCCCUCUGGGUUGUGGAGAUGGAAUUACCUGAAAAUGGGGAGCUGUUUGUCCAAGGAUGUCUGGCAGGUGGAAGCUGUACCCGCGGGUGCUCAGGGACGUGUCAGUGAUGGACCUGUCCACCUCUGUCCUGGGCCAGAGGGUCACCAUGCCUGUGUGCGUGGCCGCCACGGCGAUGCAGCGCAUGGCUCACCCCCACGGAGAGACGGCGACCGCCCGAGCCUGCCAGGCCAUGGGGACAGGGAUGAUGCUGAGCUCCUGGGCCACGUCCUCCAUCGAGGAGGUGGCCGAGGCAGCCCCGGCUGGCCUUCACUGGCUGCAGCUCUACGUGUACAAGGACCGGCAGGUGACAGAGUCUCUGGUGAGGCGCGCCGAGAGAGCCGGCUACCGAGGGAUCUUCGUCACCGUGGACACCCCGUACCUCGGCCGGCGCCUUGCCGAUGUGCGCAACAAGUUCCAGCUGCCCCCGCACCUCAGGUUAAAAAACUUCUCAAGCAGUGAGCUGGCAUUUUCCGCGGGGAAGGACUUUGGAGAGAACAGUGGGCUGGCUGUGUACGUAGCUGAGGCCAUCGAUGCCACUGUCAACUGGGAGGACAUCAACUGGCUGCGGGGGCUGACCUCACUGCCCAUUGUGCUAAAAGGGAUCCUCAGGGCUGAUGAUGCCAAAGAAGCUGUAAAGAUUGGGGUAAAUGGGAUCCUGGUGUCGAAUCAUGGAGCACGACAGCUUGAUGGCGUCCCUGCUACUAUUGAUGUCUUGCCUGAAAUCGUGGAGGCUGUGGAGGGGAAGGUGGAGGUGUUCCUGGAUGGUGGUGUAAGAAAAGGCACAGACGUUCUCAAGGCACUGGCUCUUGGUGCCAAAGCUGUUUUCAUUGGGAGACCUAUCCUCUGGGGACUGGCUUAUCAAGGUGAAGAAGGAGCAAAAGAAGUUCUCCAGAUGCUGAAGGAAGAGUUUCGCCUGGCAAUGGCACUGACAGGAUGCUGGAGAGUAGAAGAAAUUGGCAGGACACUGAUCCGAAGACAUCAAGUAUUGUUUUCCAAGAUUUAGGUCUGAAGACUCUUGCCUUGUGUGUUGCCUGUUGUGCUUCCAGACAAAAUCCAACUGCAUUCCCUCUGUGGGCCUCCUCCUGCAAUCCUGACUGAGGGAACGCUCUGCUCUGUAGGAAAUCACUUGUUGAAGAAAGAAGUCAAAGCAAAAUUUACAGGUGUUUCCAAACCUCUUGGGCUCUUAAGGAAAGCUGCUACACUGGGAGGUGUGAUUAGAGAUGGGCCUUUAUACAAGACCAGCAUAAAAAUGUCAAGGUGUUUGGCAACAAAUGCUGAUAAUUAAUUUCCAUGCCUGGGAGUAAUUUAGCUAUUGAAGUGAAACUAUAAACAGAAAUGCUGAAAUUUAAAAUGCAAAAGAUGCCUCUUGCUCACUGUUUAGAGAAACUAGACUGUAGAUUGUAGAGAUUAAAUCUUGCUUUCUUAUGAACAAAGUGUCCUUUCCCUAGUGACUUUAUAAGCAUCUGGGCUUGUGGCACGUAGGCUGUAGGAGUCCAGAGGACUCUUCGUUGUAAGAAACCAAAAAGCAAAGAAAAAUUGGAGAAAUUUGGGGAAAUUCAGCUCUUUAAGUGGCACAAGCCCUCUGCAAUCAGACAGCUGUUAUGUACGUGCAUUGGAUGUAUGUCAGAUCCUUGGCUAAUGCAAAUCCCCAUAGCCCAAACUGUGCCAGCUGCCUCCACCUGGAGCUCCAAGUCACAUUUUUCACCUGGACUGAUUUGCUAAUAGUGGCAAGGGAAGGCUGACACUGCCUGGGAGAGUUUGUAGAAUUUGCAGCCAUGUGUAAAAGGGAAACUUGAAUAAUUGAGGCAUUAACGCAUGACUUGGGAAGAGCCUAGUGGCUCUGUUAAGUUUCUAUGCACACCCUUAAGUCAGAUAAAUCUUGAUGUUCUUCACUCUGCUCAUGAGGAGGAUAUGGAGACAUGCAAGAUCUGUGCCUCUCUUCUAUGAACAACCCAAAUAUCCAUUGAAUUCAUGAGAAAUUUUGCAACUGUAAAGAAUAAAGGAGAUAAGACUAUAGUGUUUUCUUCUUGGGUAAAACCAAGGCUAGCUCUUCACCUGUCUCACCUCCCUUGCAGGUAUGGCAGUUUUACAGGGAGCAGGGAAAGGCCACACAGGUUUUGAAUAGCUUGCUGUGAAAAUUUAAUGUUCAUUUUUAAAGAAGACUAAAGAAGAUAAAACCCCCUUAAUUUCAUGAUUUCACUGACAUCACCAGCUCCACCAUUUGUUUCCCAUCAGCCCUGUGCAUUCUGACUCUCCCGCUUUGCUCAGUUUGAAAUAUCCCUUACUAAGCUUUAGAAGCAGCUUUGUAAUAAAAUGAUGGAAUAUUAUAAUGUGAACUAAAGCUGGGGCUGGAACUCGGAAUGGGGAGAAAACCCAAAAGGCCACAUGCUUGCCCUCCAGUUGUAAAAUUUGUGCUCUUAUUUACUGCAGAAUGUGGUCUGUUGUGUGAGGGUUGCGUAGCAACAAAAUAAAGUUUAUCUGUGCAAGGAAAUAUGAAUGUUUCUCAGAGAACAGAAAAACGUAAUUUCUGCUGUUUCCUGCACUUAUCAUAUCUGUUGCAAUGUGGACUGUGUCAGAUGUCAAUUACAGACUGACUUCAGCAAGACUGUUUAUUUGAGAUAAUAUAAAUGUUACUUAAAAGAGAGGGCCAUAAUAUCUUAUGUUUACAUGUUUAAGAUCUAUUUCUAAAGCUCAGAAGAUGCCGCUUCCUGUCUUUGCCCCAGCCAGAUUCAAGGAAAGUUCUGAAACUCUGUGGUUCAGUAGAAGUUCUGAUGGUGAAGAAACUGGUUUCUUUACUUGUGCGUAAUUCAUUGUUUCUAGUUCCCCUGGGAUAAGGGGUUUACAUUGUUUUUUCCUGCCUGUUAUCUGAAAAGCAUCUCGCUGCCUUCCAGUUCAACCCCAGUAAGACUAGACAAGCAUAAAAACCAAAAUUAGAGCCAAAUACUUAAAGGCUGUAAGACUGUUAACAGAAAGUAAAUUAAUUUUUUCCAGUGGAAUUAUCUUUUUAAAAUAUUCCAGAGUGAAGAGAAUUUCUUUUGAUUUUGAUACAGCCAAACACAACUACUUCUUGAAAUUAUUAAAUAAUUAAAAAAAAAAGGUAGGAAUUCUGUUUGGUUUGGGUUAAAAAGCAAAAGACUGAGUGCCCUCAACCAUUUUAAAAGCUGAACAAUGUCCAGGCUGAGAAAAAAAAAUUUUCUCUACACUCGCUUCAUCUGGAGAAACUGAGAAAAAAACCAGAGCACACAGGUGAUAGUAGAUAUUCUAUGGCUUGUGAGAGUGUUUCUGAGGAAAACAUAAGUAAUGUAACAAAAAAAAUAGGUAUCUGUAAAAUAUGUAAGUAGAAAAUUAUUUGUCUUAAGUAACAAGUGAACUCAAACUUUUAGGAACAAUUAGUCAUAGUCCUUAGAUCAAGGUACAGAAGUAGAGGGGAGCAGAAAUGUUUUUCAUUUAUGAUGCUUUAGUGUAACUGCCUACCCAAAUGUCAAAUAACAAACAUGAUGAGUUUAAUAGAGAAAUUAUUUUCUGGCUUUACUUUGGCUUCAUAUUAAGUCACAAAUACAAAGAAAAAUUAUCUACAUAGAAAAAACCUAGUAAGGGGAGAACAGUGAGUGAUAUUUCAGUACCCAGAAAGACAGCACUCAGCUGGUGUGCUGGGUACUGAGAAAAAUCCCAACUAGUUUGGGAGGCUGGUGAAUGAUCAGUAACUGAAUGGGUUUCUCUAAUCACCUCCCAGAAUGGACCAGGAACAUUCCAUGGAAAAGGAGAUUGCAGCUUUUAAUGAGAAAAUAUUUGUCACAUGUUUUGUGAAGAGACGGGAAACCAAAAGCAAAACCUGAGGGUAUGAAAGAGGAGGAUGAUCUGGUGUUUUUUAGGAGAAAGUGGUACUUCCCAAGAGGUUCAGAUGAGAGGCAGGCUCCUACACACUGGUGUUUCAUGUUCAGUCUGUGUGUGGAUUUCUCUGCUGCUGGCAGUUCAGAAGUUCCCUUUUUGGAACAUUGCUACAAAGUUGUCUCCUUAACCCCAGUGAGCUCCUGAAGGAUUGAACCCACUGAAGAGUGUAGAAGAGGGCGGCAUUCUCCACAGGAUAUGCAGAAACCAGUCAGGAUAUUUGGAGAGGCUUCAGCCCUGGUUUGGGAUCUCGGCAACUGAGAUCAAGACAUGCAUUUUUAGCACUAAGUUCUAAAUAAAUCAAUCUGUUUCAAAGUGGCAAGGUCAGUGAAAUAUUUUCUGGACAGCUGAUAGAUUACAUUGAGGCUGGACAUGCAGAGAGCAGGGUUCUCCUAAGAAAAAAAACAGUAUCCUCUGGAAAAGCCCACCUUGAGCAGGUUUGGCUGCGCUGGGAACAUCUUUACCAUGAGAGUCUGGCAGUUUAACUCCGCAGAGGAGAGCACAGAGGUGCAGGACUGUAGACUGGCUCAGCAGAUGGCAGCAGUCAGCCGAGGGCUGUGAGAACAUCUGACCUUUCAGAUCAAAGGUGGAGGAGGAGGUUACUGUAGCUUCAGGACAGAUUUUCCUCUCUCACUUGCCUAUCAGUCCUUUGAAGCAGAUACCUGCUGCUUUCCGAAUGUUUGGAGCCUGCACACAGGGUGGAGAAUCCAGUAAGUAAAUAAUAGAAGUCAUAAUUCAGUGCGCUGAAGCUGAGGAGCUGUGAAAGACAUGAUCUGUUUUCUUGUGACCUCCACCUCUCGCUGUGACUCCGGGACACAUUAUUGUGUUUUAUUUUCACUAGUGGCCAAGUCAAACAAAUAGCUCUGGGACUGCUAAGAACUCCACCCCCAUCCCCAAUUUUUCAGGUUGAGCAUGAAACUUGUCUGUCUUACUGGGAAUUUCUGAACAUAAAUAAACAGACACUUAGAGUAACUCGCCUUGAUAAAUGGGCAGUAUAGGUCGGGGCCUGCUGGUUAUGCAGGCAACUCAAAGAUGAAGCCGAGCUGGGGAAGUAGGCAGGAAUGGCUCUGCUUUUCUUGGCUUCUCAAAUGGUUUUCAGGCUGAAAUCAAAUACUUGAGUGCAUGAGGAAAGCUGGCUUCUGAAGUCAUGAUUUUGCACUGAACCUCACUGUAAGGAUAUCUCUUAUAAAGCUACUUUUGAUGUGGAAAUUUGGCUCCAAACCACACUGAAGGCCAUUAUAAAUAACCACUUCAUCACAGGACACACAGAAGUUGGCUUCCUUGAACACUCCUAGAAAGCAAGCCUAACCUUAUUGAGCCAUAACCUCAGCUAGUGUAAAUCAGAGCAGCUCCAUUGACUUCAUUAGUUUAUACUGAUUUACACCAGCUGUGACUGCAGCCCACAAUACAGCAAGAUAUGUCAGCUUUUAAAUUCUGUCACUGGGUGUUGAGCAAAACUAGUUUUAAAACAAGACUGGCAAUCCCAGAUUUAGAUCCUAAUGAGAUGCAGCAUUGUAAUUGUUUCAUGAUGCUUAUAUGCUCCAUUUUGUUUUCAUUUUUGCAUUGCUUCUGUUUUUCUUAUCUCCUGCCAAACAGAGGAAGAGUAUUGCAUAUGUUACAUUCAUAACAAAUAUGUUUUGCUGCAUUGAGAACACAUCUUCCAGAUGCAAAAUGCCUUUGUGUUGUAGCUCAGCUUCUUCCUUUGCAUAGGUACAUUGGUUAUGUGCCAAUAUAGGAACGCCCUUGAGGGCAGCCCUGUGUUUCCCUGGGGUCUGGAGCUCUGGAAAGAGGCACCCAGAGGUUGUCCCAGGGGAACUUCAAAUAUCUGAUUCCCCCUUAGGGAUUUCCAGCUCCUAUGUCACCAUUCCAGGUGGGCAGGAUGAAUUAUACCCUGAUAGGACCACCCUGAGACCAUCAGUACUCUGUCACAGUCCUUCAUGGUGCUCAGGUAAUUAUCCACACUGAGUAAUCAAUUGGCACCUCUUAUGGUGUGGAAGGAUGGGGGUUGCAUACAGAUGGAUUAUUCAGCCAAAGGGAAGACAUUCAUAUAACUACACUUGACAGUGGUUAAUAUUGGUUAUUACUUUAUGACAGCAGCAGCUGUAAGCUCCAGUCAAGGUCAAGGCAGUGCUGUGCACUGCAGAGAUGCUUUUCUGCAGACAGCAGUCUCUGUUCAACAGAGUCAGAAGGGUAAAUUGACAGGCAGAGGUAGAGAAAGUCUCUCUCUAAAAUGGGGACAAAAACAAAUGAUUCCCCCAACUGAGUCCUUUAAUUUUCCCUUCCAUUACCCUAAUUCUCUGUUCUCCCUAAGGCAGGUAACACUGGGGUGGACAACACACACCACAAAUACUCAACAACCAUGGGGAAGGUCCACAGGUAACAGAGCAGAGGUGGUUUAGGAGAACUGAAGGUAGUGGAUUUUAAACACUUAGUUGUCAUUAAAAAGGUUCCUGCAAAGCAUGUAUUCACCAUAAGGUUUAUUUCAUGUAAGAUGAGUCUCAUUUUUGAGAACAGUCACCAAGACUCCAAAGGAGGGUGUCAAGAUCCUACAAUAAGGUGACACAGCAUAAACUCAGCUGUUACACAAAUUCAGGAUGGGUAUUGUGCACAUCUCUAUUCUAUGGUCAGCAAAUUAGUUCAGCAUGUUCUGUUACCAGACCCAGAAACCUAGCAUGGGUGUGAGAUAAACAAUCUUCCUAACAGGUGAAACCUGAACGCUGAUCAGAGAUGGGAAUUCAAACAGCAAGAUCAUCUCCCAUACCUAAGCUUCCUUCCUCUGGAUCUGUACACAUAUUCUAUCAAAGAAAGAGACUGAAGAGUGUAGGUGGGGGUCUCUGUUAUAAUUUUAAUGCAAAUUGUCACUAACUUAGGAGUUACAUGUCUGCAGCCUUCCUAUUAGGUAUUUAAGAGCAGCAAACAUUACUGAAUUUGGUAUAAAUUCUUUUUGGCAAGCUUAUGUCUCUACCCAAGAACCUGGAAGAACUAAAGAAGUGCCCUUCAUACAAGAAACUCCACUGGCAAGCUUUUUGAAAGAGUUACAAGCAGAAAAAUGUAUUUUAGGAAAAGGGAACUUGUGUUUUCCUGAGAUUGUGACCAACAGAACAUAUCUGCAAUUAAAGAGUUCAAGCUGGCACUAAUCCACCUCAUUUCCUCAAUGCCUGCUGGUGAGUUUGUUCCACAGCUCCUAAUCCAUGGCUGUAGGACUGGGGGCUGUGGCACUGCAUCUCACUGUGUGCUGUGUGUUUACUGCCAUGCCCACACCAGCUCCCACUGUGACAUCCUUGGGUGACAUCGCACAGGGAACCUGGGAUGAGAAGGAUGGGUGGGACUUCUGGGCAGAGUCUUUGUCCUUUGGAAAUAGUUGGGCAUGAGUUCAUGAGUUAUGGAUGGGUGUGAGUGUUGCUGGGGUGUUUUCAGUGAGAAGGUAAGAGCUCAUUUUCAUUUUUCAAGAGCCCCCUACCCGGGAUUCAAGUUGAAGGUUUGCCAGACCGGACAAGGGACCUGCAUAAGUGAGACUUUGGUGGCCUGUGAUACUUCAGCAGCACUUUAUGUCAGCGGAGAAAGAACUGAGUCUUGUGUCAGAGGAACCCAGACCCUAGUUCCCAUACACCAUCCACAGUCAUGGUAAGGAAUCUGCAGAGGAGACUGGUAAAGAACUUCAAGUGAACCUACAGGCUCAGUUCUCCUUACCUUCCCAAGAGACACCAAAGUUUUCAUAGCUUUCACUGGAACUUUUGUGGGUAUCCCAUCAAGUUCAUAGUAUUUGAAUUGGUGGGACUUGCAGCUGUAAUGUGAGGUGCUUGAUGGUUGCUUUUAUCAGGACUUUUGAGGCCACAGCUGGAGGAAAGCAAUGAGUUCUGUGGCAAGGCUACUGUGGUGAUUAUUCUUAGUUUGGCAAGACCUGUGCAGUAACCUUCCAAAUGCUGCAGGUUAUUUCCCAGACAAACUUGCCCUGUUACAGACUUGGUGCUGAAUCAUAGAAUGGCUUGGGUUGAAAAGGACCUUAAAGCUCAUCUAGUUCCCACCCUCCUGCCAUGGGCAGGGGCAUCUUCCACUAGACCAGGCUGCUCAGAGUUUCACUCAAUCCAUCUAUUGUAAACGGAAAGAUGAACAGCCCCGGUGCAUAACAUGCACACUUUAAUAUAUAAAUAACCCAAAUCGAUUAUGAUCUCUGUACUUCACUCUCCGUGUUAUUUAUCCAUAAACUAUACCUUAAACAGAUUUGGUCUCCCAACCUUUGCUUUUCAUGUGCUCCCUGCUAGGAGGCUAAGAGACAUCUCUGAUAGCUCCAGCUCUAGUUUAUGUUCUGGUUAUUCAGUGGUGUCAGAGAGACUGGGAAGACCUCCUGGCAUCAUUGACAGUCCUUCUCCUGUUAGUCUAGGGACGGGCACUUGCAAGUAGUUAUGUGCAGGUUUGUAACUGCUGCAUAACAGACUACAAAACCACACUUGACUGAAAUAAUUAGCUGGCAUGCUAAUGAGCAUAAACCCAGACAGUUCAAACAUCUGUGUGCUCUGCUUUUUAUCUGUUUCAAGUGUGUUUGAUUUGGGCGUACAUGUCCCCUCUGCCAGUAUAAAACCAUACUUUUGAUCUAUUGCAGAAAGGCCCUUUUACCAUAAAGAUAAGAAGAUAAAGAAAAUUAUUCUUUUUGAUUCUCAAUCCUUUUUCCAUUAUUGUUCUGAUAUGGAUGUGACCAUAUUGUCAAGUUAUUAUAGAGGAUGUAGAGUGCAUCCAAAGAACAAGGAACUGUAGAGCACAUCCAGCCCCCUAGCUCAUUUAUUAAUUUGUGUUGCUGUUUACUGAUGUGUUUGGAAAUCUUCAGUACUAUGUGAUGAGCAAAGAUGUUGGCUGCAAAAUAAAGUGUGUCUCAGCCAACACUGUGGCUGCUGCCAUGAUUUCUAGAGCUGUGGUUGUAAUACAAUCAUUCCAUUCUGAAUUUGUGCACUGGAUAAUUUACCUUGGAAGAUUUUUGCUGCCUCUGAGAAGCUUUUUGGUUAUUAACACAGGACAAGCAAUAUGUCUAUUACUACAAAUAUUAAUACAUGGGAAUGGAGGAGACAGCAUCCUGAGCUAGCAUUUAUCAGUCUCACCUUCCCACUCUCAUGAGAAAAUCACUAUGGAGAAAUACCUUGAAGCUUCUCUUUCCUUUUCUACUUGUAACCAGCAUGGACUCUAUUGCCACUGCCUCACUAGGUGUGAGGAAGUGUCACUGUGAUUAGUUUUGUCCCCCCUUAUUUUUGUUUGUAGUGCUGGCCAUAGUUAUUCCAUCCUGCUGUGCCAUGUCACCACGAUAAAUGCCAGAACAGUGCAUCCCAAUAUCUGAGUGUACAGUGAAGUGUGUAAAUUAAUUACUCUUCACUUGUGCUGUCACAUAGAAACUUCCGUUGCCCCAAAAAGAUGGUUUUAAGCAGCACAACAGUAUGUAAACAGCUGAUAAAAACAGGACCAUCAGCCUGGUAAGAAUGUUGGAUUUUUGGGAUGUAGUGCAAAAAAACAGAGUGUAAAUUUAGGGGAUUUUAUUUGUUGUCAAAAGCAGAAAUUCCUAGUAAAAUGUUUUCUACUUGUGAAUUUAAAUUUUCCAAAUCAAGCAAUCCUAAGUCCAUUCCACCACGUGAUUUCCACACAACAAAACUUUGCACAUGUGUCUGGUUAAGGGGCUGCCUGUUGAUCUCAUGUGUGUAAUGUGCACACUCCAAGCAGCUCCCAGAUGUAUGUGGGAGCAGAGGAGCUACGCUAAAGUGUGUAUUCAACAUCUGCCUUAUAAUGUUUCCUGCCCUGACCAUGUUCACUUAUGUCUUGAGGAUAAACCUGUGUCUAAUUUCCCAGAGGUGAAAUCUUUUUGCCAUGCAGGACCCAACACCUCUGCAGCCUUUGCCAUUGCAAAUAUUCCAAGAAGUGAACACAGAUCAGUAAAAAGAUGGAGUACAUAAUCUUAGUUUGGAGGUGCAGGUGAGAUGAUUUUGAGGAUCUUUUGUCACUAAAAAGAACAUACAGGGUGCUGUGGCUGAAAGUUGAAGGUAUUUAAAACAAAGCAUGGGGGCUUUUUCUUUUAGCAACAAGGAUUAUGAUUGUAGGAAUGUUCUCAAGGCAAAUGGUAAAUUGUCCUUUGUAGUCGUUAAAUGAAAUACAUUUUUUUAGAAGAUAUUGACAAAAAUGUAUUGGAGACUUGUUGAUUGAAAUGUUCUGGUUUUCCAUGGUCAAAAUUAAAUGGGGUGAUUGCAACAUCUUUAAAA